AUGAUUCUUUCUUUCUUUCUUUCUUUUCUUUCUUUCUUUCUUUCUUUCUUUCUUAUCCCAUGCAAUUCCUAUUUUCUUUUUUCUAUUUUUCUUUCCUUUUUUCGCGGAGUCCUUGAUUCUUUCUUUCUUUCUUUCUUUCUUUCUUUCUUUCUUUCUUUCUUAUCCCAUGCUAUUGCUUUUUUUCUUUUCUUUCCUUUCUUUAUUUUUCACGGAAUCUAUCCCAUUAUUUUAUUUCUUUCUUUCUCUCUUUCUUUUCGCAUGCAUUUCCUUUCCCUUUUUUCUUUCCUUUUCUUUCUUUCUUUUUCUCGGAGUCCUCAGUUAUUUCUUUCUUUUUACUACACUUUUGUUUCUUCCAUUUCAUUUCAUUUUUAUAGUAUUCUUAAUUUCCCUACUCUUUUAUAUUUCGGGCUCUUUUUUCCUAUGUCCCUUCCAUUCCUUACUUUUCCUUUUGGUUUCCAUUUUUCUUUUCACCAAGUCUCUUUAAAUGUCUUGUCGUUAUAUCUCAUACAUUUUGGUGCGUUCAUUCCUUGCUUUUUUUUUUCUUUUCUUCCUUGCUUUCUUUUUCCUAAAACGUCAAACCAUGCUAAACCCUGUCCAGGGGGACACCCACAUCUGUCUGCAUUUAGAACCAUAUUCCCCAGGGUCCUCAUUAACCCCUUCCUUACCCACGUCUUCCACCCGACACGCUCUCAUCACUCACCUACACAAGCACAGUCCACAGCUCAAUUCAAAUAUUGCUACCCCUUUUCCCCACCCCAGUUUCAUUUCCCAGCCACUCAUGAAGCCCUACUCCGACCUGCAAUCCGAUCACCCCGACCAUCUAUUCUAAUUAAGAGAAUCCCGGCUUGUGUCAUCAGCUGA